AUGUCCUGGGUCUGGGACUCGUCCAUCAGGCAAGGCGAAAAUGGAAUGGCAGCCAUUCAGGCAGUAAACCUAAUUGCACCAGUACUGUUACUGAUCCCAUGCGAUAUGCUCUUGAACAAUGCGAUCGCCGCGGAAGUGGACCACAGCGGUGCAGGGGAUACGAAGCUUUUUGCCUGUUGGGGGAACUCCGGGAAGUCUAGAACAACGAGUUGGCGUAAAAAUGUGUUGUCCCUGCAUUACUAUGUCAUGAGGAAGAGGAAAAACUCACAGCCAAUCAAUCAUCAUCGAGUGGCUCAGGCAAAGGACAAACUCGUCCACCAGGCUAUUAACACCUACAGUGCGGCUGACUCGCUCGAGGGUUGUGUCCUCUGGGUUGGUGUGUAA